ACUUGCAGGCUGGUUCAGUUGUUAGUGCGCCUGCGCGCGGGGCCGGCGCCGUAGUUCUUGUCUGUGCAGCCCGGCUCCUGAGUGUAGCCAUGCAGAGAUCCGACUCCAAGCAACCCGCCAAGCGGCCCCGACGCGAUGGCAGCCCAAGUACUCCACCAGACACUCCCUCAGGGACGAACAGGUCCCCGGUCUCGGAACUCCACCCGGACCACCGGACCUGGGACCCGGAGCAAGUGUGCUACUACUUGAAGGGCUGUGGCUUCACAAAACCGGGACUCCUGAAAAACUUCCGAGAAAAUAAAAUCACGGGUUCAUUACUGCCCUUCCUCGAUGAGUCUCUGCUCGAAAACCUUGGAGUAAGGUAAUUAAUGAUCCUAUCCAUGGCCAUAUUGAGCUGCACCCUCUUCUCAUCCGAAUCAUUGACACUCCUCAGUUUCAGCGGCUUCGAUAUAUUAAACAGUUGGGAGGCGGCUACUAUGUUUUUCCAGGAGCUUCACACAAUCGAUUUGAGCAUAGUCUAGGGGUUGGAUAUCUGGCUGGAUGUCUAGUUCGUGAACUGUGUGACAAACAACCAGAGCUACAGAUAAGUGAGCGAGAUAUUCUCUGUGUUCAGAUUGCUGGGCUUUGUCAUGAUCUUGGACAUGGACCAUUUUCUCAUAUGUUUGAUGGAAGAUUUAUCCCACUUGCUCGACCAGAGGUGAAAUGGACGCAUGAACAGGGAUCAGUUCAGAUGUUUGAGUAUUUAGUGAAUUCUAAUGGACUCAGGGCUGUCAUGGAACAGUAUGGCCUCAUCCCUGAGGAAGAUACUUGUUUUAUCAAGGAACAAAUUGCAGGACCACUUGAAUCACCAGUGAAAGAUUCUUCGUGGCCAUAUAAAGGACGUCCUAAAGAGAAAAGCUUCCUUUAUGAGAUAGUGGCUAAUAAAAGAAAUGGCAUUGAUGUAGAUAAAUGGGAUUAUUUUGCCAGGGACUGCCAUCAUCUUGGAAUCCAAAAUAAUUUUGAUUACAAGCGCUUUCUUAAGUUUGCCCGUGUGUGUGAAGUGGAUAAUAGGAAGCAUAUUUGCACUAGAGAAAAGGAGGUUGGAAAUCUCUAUGACAUGUUCCACACACGCAACUCUUUACACCGCAGAGCCUAUCAGCACAAAGUCGGGAACAUCAUUGAUACGAUGAUUACAGAUGCUUUCCUCAAAGCAGACCCCUACAUGGAGAUUAUAGGUGCUGAAGGGAAAAAAUACCGCAUUUCUACGGCAAUUGAUGACAUGGAAGCCUUCACCAAGCUGACAGAUAACAUUUUUCUGGAGAUUUUAUACUCUACUGAUCCCAAAUUGGAUGCUGCACGAGAAGUUUUAAAAAAUAUUGAAUACCGUAAUCUGUACAAAUACCUGGGUGAGACCCAGCCUACAAAACGAAGGAUUGAGAGGGAAGAGUAUGGAUGUCUUCCAAAACAGGUUGCUGAUGCUAAACCUCCGGAAAUAAAACUGGAGGCUGAACUAACGGCUGAAGAUUUCAUAGUGGAUGUUAUCAACAUGGAUUAUGGAAUGGAAGACAAGAAUCCAAUUGAUCAUGUUCGGUUCUAUUGUAAGAGUGACCCUUACAAAGCAAUCAUGAUUUCUAAAAAUCAGGUCUCACAGCUUCUGCCAGAGAGAUUUGCGGAGCAGCUAAUUCGAGGGUAUUGUAAGAAGUUGGAUGAAAAGAGUUUGUAUGCCGCAAAGCAACACUUUGUUCACUGGUGCGCGGUCAAGGACUUCACAAAGCCACAGGAUGGUGAUAUUGUAGCCCCCUUUAUAACACCUCGAAAACUAGAGUGGAACUACAAGCCAAUUCACCCUCCAGAAGCAUCCAGAACCAGAGUCCAGCUGUUUAAGGGGGACUCUGUGGUGCUGAAGGAUGAGCCCACCUUACCCGAGGAUGACUCCAUGUGAACGUCUGUGCUUGGCUGUUUACAAAAAGUCCUCCCCAACGCAAGAUGGGGAGUUCAGUCCUAGAGUUCCACAGACUUAGUUACGAGUGCUUUUUAUUUUGUGUUUUGAAUGUAUACACAUCCUGAAGGUAAGUUAUUCUUACUCAAAAAGCAAAAAAGGUAUUAGACAAAUUUUGCUACACGUUGUGAGAAGAAUUACCUUGCCUAUUUUUAAUGUUACUCGCCUUUCUCCUUUAGUAGUCUAUUUUUUUAGAAUAGCAACUCUUUUUUUAAUCUAAUCUCUUAUGACAGAUGAUUGUUUUUUCUUUAAUUUAGAAGUGAGGCAAGGGUACAAAUUAGAAUUUGAAGUAGGAAUUGUCAUGAGCAGACAUGAUUAAAAAUAAAACAAAUUCUACCCCCCAAGGAGGUGCUCAUCACCCCAAGUUUGAAGCUAGCACUCCUCAAGUGAUCAAAGGAAGUACGCCUGUCCUCACUCUCCUAGCCCCCCGUAAGCCGCCACGUUGGGGCACACAGUAGGAAGUAAAGGAGGACUAGGCUCCAACUGUUUAGUGAGAGGAUCUGAGGGUUCAGGCCUGUGUGUGUGUGUGUGUGUGUGUGUGUGUGUGUGUGUGUUGCUGGGAAGGAACCCAGGGCCUCAUGCAUUUCGGGCCAGUGCUAUAGCACUAACUGAGCCACAUCCCUGGUGCAGGCUGGGAUUAGCACAUAAAGCUGUCUUUUAGGAGACCACAGAAGCAUAGGGAGUCCUUAGACCAGGCUGCUAUCUGAGUCAGCUGUGCCCCAGACCUGGGAGUUUCUCUCUCUCUCCCCUGAGUCCUCACUGCCCUAGCCCAAGGGCCUCACCUCUGCCUAGCCUAGAGUGAACUCCCCAUCCCCCUACCUGCUUUCUGGGUCUGCCCAGUGAAUGGCUUGGGACAUCACAAGGACUGUCCUUGGGGUCACUCUCACCUGGACCUGUUUUUGCUGGCUCAGUGCAUGUUACAGGUUUCAAAGCAAACUGGACUAUCCUACCUUUGCCGAGGUUCAGGCUCCAGUGGGUCCCAGGUUCCCCUUUGUAACUUGAUUUUUCCAGCCACAGAGUGGGUACCCCCUUGGUUGAGCAGGACAGCUGUCCCCAGGGAACCUGUCCUAUAUAGCCCCAGGCUGUAGAAAGUCUCCAAGAACAAGGUCUGGAGUUGGAGCCAAAUGAGGAGGUGACCAGAGUGUGUGGAGAUGCAGGGCAGUGGAGACAGAGGCCUUGAGCCCCCCUCUUCUUACACACUGAUGUCCUCUUGUCACUCCCCAAGAAAGUGACAGCAGAUGCCCUGUGCUGUUGCUUUGCAUUGUGCAACUAGAUUCUGUUCCGUCCACUCCUGGUGAAGAAUUCGGUGUCUGCCGUCCUGUGUUACCAUGCCCUCCAUCCCUCAGUAGAGAAUCAGGGUGACCGUCUUUCCUAGGAGCAUAGGCAGAACCGUCCUGUCUCUCCUUCCACGGUGCUGCCCGUGUGGGGACGCUCGUUGACGCACAAGUGAGGGUCUGGCCUGUGUCUGCCUCGCCAGGCACCUCUGACACAUUCAGGGUAGACAACUGUAGUCUCAACCUCCUGUGCCCAGGCUCACGUUCAAGAAUGUGAUACUUUCCUAAGAUUGUUUUGUUUGUACUGACUUGAUUUUAAAAUCAUUUGUGGUUAACUCUGGAAUUUUGUAGCCCUCAGACUAUAUCAUUGUGUUAUCUGAGAAAUUAAUCUGUUUUGUUCACACCUUUUUUUCCAUGUAAGACAACUGCACUUUAUGCUGUUUGCAACUGUUUUAAUUACCAGAACCAUGUGCCAUUUACAGCUAUAAAUUUUUCUGAAGAAACAUUGUAA